UCUGCAAGGAGAAGAAAUUGCUCUUCCAAACCAAAAUCUAAACAUAAAGAAAGAAAAUAGAGAAGAAAGUGACCGAUGCGUCAGAAACUUACACGCAUGCUUAUACCACGACACCCACAACCUAACGGUCCUCGCGUUGAACCCAAUCGAUUCCCAUUUACGCUUUCUACCCUUUUCUUUGAUCUUGUCCUCGACUCGGCACAAUUAUCGCGGAAGUCGGUAUUGGGGGACGAGAGGAAGUUUAGUUCGCAUUGAAUGAUUGAUCGAUUGGUUUAUUUUUGGUGUUCGAUUUUUGGUUGAUGAGAUUUUGAUUUGCUUUCUUCUUGGGGGUUUAGUGUGAAUGAGAUUGGUGGCGCAGCGAAAUGAGCACGCUGAGGCAGCAGGUGUCGGUUCGGGAACUUGUCGAAGAAGCGAAGAAGCGGAUUGUGGUUCUGGUCAUAUGCGUCGUUGGAUUGUCGUACCUCAUGUCCUUGACAAGCUCCUCAGUUUGGGUCAACUUGCCUGCUGCUGCCUCCUUAAUUAUCGGCCUGCGUUAUAUAUCCUUAGAUUUUGACAUGCGGAGAAAAGCUGCAGCAUACAACAGCAACGCUUCCUCAGCAAAUACUUUAUCUCAAAAGAUACCCAUUGAACAACCUAAAAUUGUUGAUAAGUCAGAGUGGAGAAGCAAAGUGAAUUCUCCUGUUGUUGAGGAUGCAAUAGCGGACUUUACGAGGCAUCUGGUUUCUGAGUGGGUUACAGAUCUCUGGUACUCUAAGUUAACACCUGAUAGAGAAGGCCCGGAAGAACUGUUGAACAUCAUGAAUGGCGUUAUUGGGGAAAUUUCUAUGCGCAUGAAGAAUAUAAAUUUAAUUGAUCUACUGACAAGGGAUCUUAUUAAUCUUGUUUGCAUUCACUUGGAGCUUUUUCGUGCAAAUCAAGCAAAGAUUGAAAAGCAACAUUCAGGUUCACUGACAAAUGAACAUCGAGAUAUGGAACUAAGACGCAUCCUUGCUAACGAGAACAAAUUGCACCCUGCUCUAUUUUCGCCUGAAGCUGAGCACAAGGUUUUGCAACAUCUGAUGGAUGGUCUUAUUUCUUUCACAUUCAAGCCUGAAGAUGUGCAGUGCCUUUUCUUCCGUUACAUGGCUAGGGAGCUUCUAGCUGGUGCAGUAAUGAGACCCGUCCUAAAUCUAGCUAGUCCGAGGUUUAUUAAUGAAAGAAUUGAAGUCUUAGUCAUUAACAUGACCAAAGCGAAAAAAGGGGCCUUGACAGUAGAAGGGGCAUCUCAGUCCAGAUCAGAUGAGUCUUCAAGGAUUUCAUCUGAUCAUUUUUCUAAAUUCUUGGAUCCUACUGCUACUGGUGUUGAACUAGUGCAGUUAAAAAAUGAUCAGUCUAGAACUGCUGCAAAUACUUCUGCAACAGAUAAUGCGAAUGGAAAUAAAGAUCCACUGCUUUCCCUUGAUCCUCGAUCAAUCCGUUCAUUGAACUCAUUGCCUUUCAACUUCCAAACAAGUGAUGAAAGAGGUAUUCAACGAAAUGUCUCAGGAGGUGAAUGGGGUGACAUGUUAGAUCAGAUUUCCCGCAGAAAGACUCAAGCCCUUGCUCCUGAACAUUUUGAGAACAUGUGGACAAAAGGGAGGGAUUAUAGAAAGAAGGAUGGUGAGAAUCGGGUAAUUGAACAAGUACCACAGGGUUCUUCGGCAGGGAAGUCUAUUAAAGUGGAUCACUCAAACGAAAUAUCCAAGACCAAAGAAAAGAACACUGUAACCAAGGUUAAUCACUCUGAGAGUAGCACUGUUCACUCUGGAUAUACUAAUCGGCUUCCCGUAGGAAACUCAUUCCUCCCUACAGAUCAGAACAUAUCAUGUCGCACUUCAUUUAUUUCAUUGGAAGAUGAUGAACAAAACAACCUCAUGCGUUUGGAGGAGGUUGACUCAGGGAGCAGUACUUCUUAUACAUCUGAAGAUGAAGAAACUGGCAAUGUCACAGGCCUUGAUUCUCCUGGAACUAAAGUAUGGGACGGUAGAAGCAUCAGAAAUCUGGCUAUUUCUCACAUUCAUCACCCACUUGAAAAUUCAGAAGGCCUUGUAGGAAAGAAGACUGGUAAAGGGCAUAUUCACUAUCAAAGAUUAGCUAGAACCCAGUCUGGCUGUAAAAGGUCUAGACGAAGCAGUCAGAAGAACCAUGUUUGGCAGGAGGUUGAGAGAACAAGUUUCUUGUCUGGCGAUGGGCUGGAUAUACUUAGUUCUGCAAAAGGAUAUGCCAAUGGUGAGGACUCUAGUGAUGAUUAUGAGACUGAAAAUUCAGGUAGAGUUCAAAGUGGAGCAGCUGCUUCUUCAUCCACACCUUUUUCUGUACCAGAAAGUCAUAGUUUGACUGUUAAUUCCCUGCAUAACACACUGUCAGGGGCUUCAUUUUUUAAGUUGAGAUGUGAGGUAUUGGGUGCGAAUAUUGUGAGAAGUGGCUCAAAAACAUUUGCCGUUUACUCUAUAUCUGUUGCAGAUGUAGAUAAUAACAGUUGGUCAAUCAAAAGAAGGUUUCGUCACUUUGAGGAGCUACAUCGGCGUCUAAAAGAGUUUCAGGAGUAUAAUCUUCAUUUGCCACCAAAGCAUUUUCUAUCGACAGGUUUAGAUGUACCUGUCAUUCAAGAAAGGUGUAAAUUGCUUGACAAAUAUUUAAAGAAGCUCAUGCAGCUUCCAACAAUUUCAGGAUCAAUUGAAGUUUGGGACUUUCUCAGUGUUGAUUCUCAGACUUAUCUAUUCUCGAAUUCCUUUUCUAUCAUUGAAACUUUGUCAGUUGAUCUAGAGGAUAAGCCAUCAGAAAAGAGUAAAAAGCUUCCAAAUUUUCUUGGACCUGUGACCAACAACUUAUCUUCAAGGAGAGAACAUUUAGGCUCUGAAAGUAAGGAGCCUGCAUUCCGUGUGAAGAGUAAUGUUAUGGCAGAUAGGCUACGAUCAAAUGGAAAAGGCGCGUCUCAUUUUCCUGUAAAACAUCUUGGCAAAGAAUUCAGAAAUUCAUUUAAUAAUUCUGGUGGUGAUUCAGAUACUAGUCCACAAAACGAUGCAGCUUCACCCACUUACUUGGGGAACCCGGUAAAAGGAAGAGAUGAUAAUGCUUUGGAAGAGGCAUCUGAGUCGCUUCUUGAUGCUGCUACUGACCCAACCCUUCCUACAGAGUGGGUGCCGCCAAAUUUAAGUGUCCCCAUAUUAGAUUUGGUAGAUGUCAUCUUCCAGCUUCAAGAUGGUGGAUGGAUCAGGCGGAAGGCUUUUUGGGUGGCCAAACAGAUACUACAACUAGGAAUGGGUGAUGCCUUUGAUGAUUGGUUAAUUGAAAAAAUCCAGCUUCUGCGUAAGGGAUCAGUUAUUGCUUCAGGGAUCAGGCGGGUUGAGCAGAUACUCUGGCCUGAUGGGAUAUUCAUAUCUAAGCAUCCAAAGCGACGACCACCACCAUCUACUAAUCAAUCCCAGAAUUCACCUCAUGGCCAACAACCGACAGUGAUAUCUUCACCUAAACUUACUUAUGAGCAACAACAGGAGGCAGUUCGACGUGCAAAGUUUGUAUAUGAGCUAAUGAUUGAUAAUGCGCCAGCUGCUAUCGUAGGUCUUGUUGGUCGUAAGGAGUAUGAACAGUGUGCAAAGGAUCUCUAUUUCUUUAUUCAGUCACCCGUUUGUUUGAAGCAGCUUGCUUUUGACCUUCUCGAGUUGCUGCUGUUGUCUGCCUUUCCAGAGCUAGAUUAUGUUUUCAAGCAGUUGCAAGAAGAAAAGCAUAAAUUUGGUGAAUUUAAGGAAAAUUAAUGGAAAUUAAACUACAGAUAUUGCUUGAUAAUUGGUGUAUUUUUUUCCGAAAUUUGACGGCAUCUAUUGUUGGCUUAUCAUCGAUUCAUUCAUAUGUCCGAAUCCUGUAAUUAGCAUUUUGGGUUGGCAUCUGAGGAAAUUCCGAAAUUGUAUGUAAACAACGAUGAGAUUAAUGCAAAUAUAUCUUUUAUA